UCCGACCCGCUCUCCCUCUCCCUCGACCUCCUACGUCGCCUCCCACCUAGCAACAUCUCAGCAAACCUCGAUCGUCUCGUUUCCCUCUGCCCGCAACUAGCAGACGACCUCUACUCGAGCGUGGAUCAGCCCCUGCGUGUACGAGUGGACCGCUCAGCAGCAGGCAAAGGUCGCGAGUAUCUGGCCUGCGAUUACAAUCGCGACGGAGAUAGCUGGCGCAGCCCUUGGAGCAAUGAGUACGACCCGCCGCUCAGUGAUGGAACGAGGCCUAGCCGCGAGCUGAGGGAACUCGAGGUAGCGAUGGGUGGGGCAAUGGACGUCUAUCGUCAGCUCUACUACGACACGGGGCUGGCUUCCGUCUAUCUUUGGGACCUGGAUGACGGGGCCUUUGCCGGCGUGGUUCUGUUCAAGAAGGCGCUCGAGGCUGGGAGCGAAGGGGCCAGCGGCAGCGCCACGCCUGCGAUGGGGACUCAAGGCUCGUGGGAUUCUCUCCACGUCUUCGAGACGACGCCGGAUCGAAGCAACCGCACAGCAUCCUACAAGCUGACAAGCACCGUCAUGCUCACGCUCGCGAAACGUAACAAGGCUGCGAUGCCAGAAGGAUCUUCAGACGCUCCCCUCCAACAGCAAUUCGAGCUAGCCGGCUCCCUCACCCGCCAAGCAGAGAGCGAUGCUCCCAUCCAACCUCCAUCAGCCUCAGCCCCUUCACGCUACUCCCUCUCCCAUAUUGCCAACCUGGGUCGGCUCAUCGAGGAUGUCGAGUCAAAGAUGCGCAACCAAAUCGUAGACGUCUACUUUGGAAAGACAAAGGACGUGCUGGGAAUGUUGAGGAGUAAGGAGAGCUUGGAGGUGCAGAGGAGAGAACAGCAGUUGAGGGACGAGAUGAGAGGAAUGUGG